AUGGCAGGCACAUACCGAACAUCUGCAGCUUACUGCAGGAGACAACCCUGGAACGAUUGUAGUUGGGUGAUAUCACUUUGCAUCGUGCAAGUGGGGGAAGGUGUACUCCAGUAUGCGUUAGGCACGCCUGCAUAG